CGGUAAUAAUACUGUUCCCAAUAAAACAAUGGGACAGUUGGCCAAAAAUUCAAUUACCAAUUAUUGCCAAUUAUGUCGCAAUUGGAUAGCAAUAAAUGAUGGCCAACAAUUUGACGGCACCGCCGCCGCCGCCACUGCCAGCUCCGGGUGCCGACACGUCUAUUGUCGCGAAUGUUUGGCCCAAUAUUUGGACAGUCAGAUAACUGACGGUACAGUACAUCAUAUCAAGUGUCCGGACAGGCAGUGUUCGGGCGAAGCCGCCUACGAACUGGUAUGCAGACUGUUGAGCCGUAAAUCGCUGGUCAGAUAUCAUAAACUGUUGCUCAUUAAAACAUUGGAUACUAUCGAGGAUACGGCCUAUUGUCCAAAAUGUAACGAUUCGGUUGAGAUCGACAGCAGCCGAAAGUAUGGCUACUGUCUUGGUUGCGAUUACGCGUUUUGCGCGUGUUGUCGACUCGGCUAUCACGGCUCGCAGAGUGCGUGCUCUAUCGGUACGGGUGCUACCGAUAAGGACGUCCAGCCCGGCGACAAACAACGCCGGUUGGUCAACGGUAACAGUGGCCGCAGCCCGGAUGGUCUACACGAGUCGGUAAACUUUAUACGCGCUCAUUACAAAAAGUGUCCAAACUGUGGCUUCACGUGCGAGAAAAUUAAUGGCUGCAAUAAUAUGCAAUGCAAAAUGUGCAUGAUACAUUUUUGUUGGCUAUGUUUGAUGGAUAUUACCAACAAUGAGACCCGGGUUAUACACUAUCUGACAACUAAUUGUAAAUUGAAUACAAUUUAGGAAAAAAGUGCCAAUUUUUUUAAUUACCGGUAUUAUUCAAAAUGACAUUAAUUUUUUUGUUAAUAAUUUGUUAGUAAAA